UACAGUCAUCAAACAAGACAGCUACAAGCCAUUCAUCGUGUUAUUGUAUUCAAUAAAGCGUGUCAGUUAAAAAAGGACCGAUUUUCACAUGGCUGCGUUCAAGAUGGAUAUUUUUUUUCUCCAUUAAGAUCGGGAUGUUAGUAUCAUCACUCAUCAUAUACAUGUAAAUGUAUGUUCUUAAAAAGCUCAGUCUAGUGGAUACAAUCGCGCAUGCGGAGGUGAUUAACGUUUAUAGUCUUGACUCUACACAUAGAGCGUUGUGGAACUUGUCUUCUCGGUUUAAUACUAAUCACUGUUUAAAAAAGUGAGUGCAUCGCGAACAUCUUCCCAGUCAUUCAUAUGCGGAUUCCAUCACUGUGUCUUUCCAAUGUGAUGGUACGCUCUUUUAACGUCACUCUUGUGGAUACAACCGCGCAUAGCGAGUGGAUCAACAUUUACAUCUACUGAACACACACACGAACUGAGUACAUAACCUUCGGCAAGAUGGAACUGAUGCGCUACUUAAACCGUCUCAUCUUCCUACCGAUCCUUCUAGCUGCGUUUGCGCUCUCGUCCUGUCCCGUCGAAGCUUUCAGAGGUCACAGACUCCCGCCUCCCAGACAGUACAGCCCCAACGAACCCCCUUCUGCACUCGAGUCCGACUCCGACCUGCUGCACGCCUUGGAAUUCCUAGAGCAAUACGAACAGGCCAAAUCCAGGAAACCUAGCGGCAAUCUUCCGGAUGUGUACGGUGGCGCCGAAGAGACCGACGAUUUCGGCCAGUACCCGAGGUACGGCAACGGAAUCCCGAUGUCACUGGAAGGCGGCAACGGCGUCCCGUACCAGAAGUGGGACGACGACGCCGGGAAUAUGGACGAGAUCGACCUCGAGGACCUGUACGAUCCACGGCCUGAAGAUCUGGAGACGAACGAGGUGGCGUUUGCCGAGGCGAUCUUGGACGAGUAUAAGGAGUAUGAGAAGCAACGGCAGAGAGAGCUCUUUAACAAGAUUCUUGGGGACGUGAUGGCGGAGAAACUGCUCGAGCAGGAUGAGAAAGAGAACAUCGCCAAACUGAUGGAGGAGCAAGAAGAUGAGGAAGAGGGUUUUGAUGAUCUUGCCGCCAUCUUUGAUUCGAGUAGUUCCGUGGGAUCGUCAGAAGACGAAGCCGCAGUCUACGAACCCCAAGAGCUUGAUCUGCCGAUCUUCAGCGCAUCGUCGGCCUCCAAAGAAACCUUCGACGAGGACUCCCAGAGCUCCGACAUUGAAAUCGAAGCCGAUGACUUUUUCGUGAGCGAGGCGGGGCUGGAGGCGUUGGCCGAAGCGGAGGGGAUCCUGAAAGAAGGCUACGCGGAGGAGGAGGAUGCAGAAAGCAGCGAAUCACUGCCCGACUUUGAUGAUACGUCAGAUCUGACUAGUCUCCUACAAGACGACGAGGCAUCUGAGUUCAGCGAAGCAGGACCAUUAACGGAAGAAGAAAAAGAAGAAACACUCAAAGACAUCAUCUACAGAAUAGUACAAGAUACCCUAAGAAAGAAAUUGGUAGAGUCUAUGAUCGGGACCGAGGACGCUGAACCUGAUACGUCCAUGGAAUCAUCCAUUAUGGAGGCAGGGGAUUCUGAGGAGGAGGAAUCAAUCACUGAUGAUGAAGACAAUCUGCUGAAUAAUCUGAUGGGGGAGAUUCGGGACCAGGUCGACGAACUUUCAUCAAAAAUCAUGAAAGAGAUCGAGGAGGAGGAAAUCGACGAGGGCGAUGAUAAUGACGAUGAUGACGAGGAAGCUGAAAGUUCCGAUGGAUACUUUAACGAGCGACCAAUCACAGACGAAUCGAGCUCGAUACCUGACGAAGUCAUCGACGAGAUCAUGGAAGACGGGCCAAGUAGUUUCGUCGAUCAGGACGUCGAUACGUCGUCAUCGUCGAUCAUGGAGCUGAACGAGGAUCUGCUGAGUGAUGAGGAGCUCAUCAACGCCAUCAAGGAAAUCGUUCCAUCCGCCGAAGCAAAAGUAUGCCCUAUUCUUAACUACCUAGUGGAUGAUUGCAGCGUCAUUGAAGGUUUCAGAGGACUGGGUGCCAACGGCUACCAGCAAGCGUUCAGCCGCCCUUGUAACAGGCAUCAAAUUUGCUACACCUGUAGUGCAUCUUAUGAAAUUCCAACAAAACUGUGUGACGAAAUUUACAAAGCCGAGCUGCUGACAAUGUGUGACGGUGAUCCUGAGUGCAUGCAACGAGCGAAGUACUUCUGGUUGGCUGCCACCAGCGACAGGACAGCGCCAGACGUCACACUCUCCCUGUGUAGUGACCGUUGUGUGUUGGAUUAUCUGCUUAGCGAUUAGAACACAUCCCAGACAUGGGCUGCUCACACGAUCGCCGCAGGAAACUGGCCGUAUCCAAAAUCCAGAGUGGUGCUCAUUUCUUACAUCGAAACCCACCACUGUGCAAGACGCGCACACUUUGGUCGUGCACCACUCUCGCGCAGCAACUGUGCGUAUUCGUAGAAACGCCGCGUACACAACACCUGUUGACGAUUUCGGAUCCACGCGCGCUUGUGUGGAAAGCCCCGUAUUUCAUAGUCAAGUUUCAUUAUUUUUCUGUCUCACUCCUUCAAAAUAUGUAUAUAUAGUUGUAGACUGGCGAUCUAUGUCUGUCUUAGAAUUAUUCUUAUUAUAUUUAUAAAGAUUUAUCAAAGUCAUAUCAUUCUUGUAUUUUUAUCAUUGAUAUCGAAUCGUGCAAUCAUUAUACGAAUCAGUCCUGUUUGUUCGAUCAGUAAAAUUAUUGGCUCGUUGCAACGAAGAAGGGCAGGUGUUCGAUUAUUAAUUAUUUUGAUUUCGAUCUCAUCAUCAAUUCAAUAGAUUUUUUAGAUUGCGUAAUCCACUGUUCAUGCGUGGUGUAAUGUUAUAGUUAUUGUGUCAUAAGUUUAAAGUUUCGGACAUUUUUACUCAAUAUACAUGUAUUUGCAGCAUGUUAAUGCAGCUUCCGCUUAUACAGUGAUUUCCGAUUUAAAAAAAUUUUUAUUCAUCACAUAUAGAAUCAAGUUCAUUUGCAGUCAGUGUUCGCGUUUAGAUUGGAAGAGAAACAUGUAAAAGAAAACGCAUACUUAGGCAUUUUAAACAACCAUAUAUACAUUAUCUGCAUUGGCUAAACAAACAUACAUACUAUAUUGCAAUAAGUAAGAAAACGACACUACAAAAGAUCUAUGAUUUCUAAAACAUUGCCGUGCUUCGCGGGGAAAGAAAAACACAAUUUCCUUUUUUCUUGUGAGUGCCGAGGUGGUGAUCCAAGAUAUUGUCGUGCAGAAUGGAAUGAACGUGAAAAUCUUUUUUUUUUUUCUUCUUCAAUACUAAUAAAUGUUAAUGAUUAAUUUCAGUCAAUUUGCUUUGUGUUUAAUAAAUGUCAGUGUCAUAUCAAUCUGAAAAAGUACAAACAUUUUCGGCUUUCGUUUUUACUAUCAGCAGUCUGUAGAGGAAUUUUGAUUAAAUCGCAAGUAGGCUUCAAAGAUAGUUUUACACACAUAUAUUUGUUUAUUUGUUAUGUGGCAUCGUGCAUAUAAAUUCAUCCAAAGAAACUUAAGAGAAUCGUUUUCAGAUAUAUGGACACUUAUUGUUUUUGCCACAUGGUUGGAGAAAGGCAAGCAUCUUAAUGUAUAUCCUCAAGAAAAUAAAAUCACCAUCGGCACCGCGUCAUAUCUGAACCGGCCUUUAAAGUCAUUGCUUCACCAAACUGUCUAAAGUAUAAAAUUACAGCUAAUUUACAGGCAUGUAUCAUUAUAAAUACGCGCUACAAUGAGACGAGUCGGCAAACUUAAUUCAUGUGUAGGCCUACUUAGGACGGUUCUAUGAACGAAUGAUCAGAUUUCUCACAACAAUUCUUCAUGGAUUUUGGGAGUAAUGUAGUAUUAACCUUCCUUGUGCCACCAGUGCCAAUUGGCACAGUAGCUCGUUUGCCACGCAUGCCAAUCGACACAAAAACAUUCAUUAAUUAACAGAAUGAUGGCUUUCUGCAGCACGAAAGACUUGCUGGAAAUAAUUCACUUCCUGUCCCUUUUAACACAAUCAUGUAGGCAUAUCAUAGAUUCAUUUUGCCCUGGAUACAUUCAAAUAAUCUAGAAAACUCAUGAUAUAGCUAUGACUGUCAUGCGAAAUACAUUGUGGCACAGGGAAUUAUUUCCAUAACACUUAAAAAGGGAAAUGUUAAACAUUUUGUGUACCUAGUUCUCGUAAAUGUUCCUGCUUAUCGUGAUAUUAUGUGAUUAGUGCAGCACCGUGCAAUAAAAUCAGAUUUUAUCAGUAAAA